UGACUGACCGAGAGCGCACAGAGAGCGCGCACUGACCGAGCCGGUGGCUGGUGUGGACUUGACGGGCAGUGACCAAGAGGAGGACCCCAGCUCCUGCAGCUGCAAGGCCGGGGGACAGAGACCCAUGCUGCCGCCGCCUGACAGAGCGCUGUCCCUCCGCUGUGGUGCUGAACCGCAGGAGUCGACCCUUCAACCGGUGACGUAGAGCUGAGACUCAUCCAAGAGAUCCCGAGCUAUUAAAAUAAAAUAAAAAAUCUGCACAAACAUUUUUUUUUACAAAUAUAUAUGGAUUUGACGCAAAAACAAAGAAGAGACAGAAAACACGGAGCAGAAGUCAUGGCUGGACUUCCCCCUGCCCUCAGCGUCACUCCGGCCGUCUGAGCUCAGCAGCAGCGCGAACCCAGCGGAGCCUCCGUAGAUGCGGAGAGUGACAGAGGCUUUCGAUCAGUGAGGUGAAUGUUGAUGACACCAUUGAAAUGUUACCAAAAUCAAGAAGAGCUCUCACCAUUCAAGAGAUUGCUGCAUUAGCGCGAUCUUCUCUGCAUGGCAUUUCCCAGGUAGUGAAGGACCAUGUGACGAAGCCUACAGCCAUGGCUCAGGGCAGAGUGGCCCACCUCAUAGAGUGGAAAGGCUGGUGUAAGCCUAUUGACACUCCAGCAGCACUGGAAUCAGACUUCAACUCUUACUCUGACCUCACUGAGGGAGAGCAGGAAGCGCGCUUUGCUGCCGGUGUGGCAGAACAGUUUGCCAUCGCCGAGGCUAAGCUGAGGGCCUGGUCCUCUGUGGACGGCGACGAGUCCAACGAUGACUCAUAUGACGAGGACUUUCUGCCUGCCAACGAGCCCACCACACAGAGCACAGAUGUGUCAUCAUAUCCUCCCUACUUGAAGGACCUGAUCCACAGCCAGCUUUGCCAACACCUGGGCCUGCGAGGGCCCUGCGGCGAGGGUGGAGGAGGAGGUGGAGGAGGAGGCGGAGAGGGAGGUGGCAGCGGCGAGCCGUCCCCGACAGCAGGCAGCCCAGGCUCGUCCAGCCUCUGCAGCCUGGACGAGCACCAUCCGCUGCUGCGUGACCUGGGCGGCCACCGCGGCACCCACUCCCACAGCAAUGCCGCCGAGCUCGCCGCCAAGAUCCUGUCGGCGCUGCAGGGCGGAGAGGAGCUGCUGCUUGCCCGACUUCAGAGGGCAGGGCAGAGCGGGCGCAGCGGGGGGGACUGCGGCUUCCACAGCCUAGGCGGGGGAGGGCGGGGCAUCAGGCCCUGCGGGGGUCAGGACUCUCCUUGCUACUCCAUGUCUUACUCUGAGACGUACCUGUCACCUGGCGAGGACGACGACACCCCCUGCAAGGACUACGAGAGCACUCUGUGCCAGGUGGAGGCGGAGGGCAACGGAGUGGAGUACCCGCCCAACUACGACCCACGCAGGAGGGUGUCAGACGUGGCGUCCUCUGGGGUUGUGUCUCUGGAUGAGGAGGACGAAGAGGAGGAGGAGGGGGUGGGAGAGUCAAACAACCAAUGACUCCUCUCGUCUCACCUCAGUGUUCGAUCCCUCCAAGAUCUUUGGAGGGGUUUCUUUUUUGCAACAACUUCCCCUCUCCUCCAUGGCGUCUGAAAAGUUUGAACCGCCACGCAUGCUGUUUAUUUUUCCUCCUCUGACUGAAACAUAAAUCAUCCGUCUUUUCCUUACUUGCAGCAUUUCAACUCCCCCUCUCCACCUCGUGACUGCUUUGUCUCCAUUCGAUGUAUCAACUCUAUUUUCUUUAAAGGCGUCCAAACAAUCUUUUUUUAUCAGUGUGAAAACAGGAGCACUGAACUUGCGACAGCAGUCCAGUGACGCACUCGUGAGUAUGACAUACGGCUCCGUCCUUACCUGCGGCGCAACGAUGGACGCCACCGACAGGCAG